AUGCGGGUGUAUGCCAACCUGCUCCUGCUGCUCCUCAUCUCCAACUCAGACCACCCCGACCUGCCCCUCCUUCUGGUCGGCAACGGCCAGCCGCAGGGGCUGGUCUACGUGCUGUUCGACUGCCUCGUCGACUUUGGCGACCGCCGCCACCCUCACUACCCCAUCAAGAAGGUGCUGGCACAGCUUCGCUUCAGUCACACGGAUGUCUUGCUGCUGCUGUGGAAAAGCGUGUUGUAUGGCUGGGGCGGCACUGCUGCGCUCGGCCGCAGAAAGGAGGAGGAGCGACGACGCCGCGGGCUGCCCCCGCUGGGACCCCUCGACGUCAAGAGCAGCCCCGCCCACUUGCAGGCCCUCCGCCAAAACGUCUCACAGUUCCGCAAGUCCCACACCCGCUUGGCCAUGCAGGCCUCGGUCUACUCGAGCGCGGGCAUGCCUGCUGCGCUGCGGGAGGCCCAGAGACUGGUGGAGCAUGGGCUGAGCCCCUACUCUCACCCCGCCCACUUCCCCUUCGACUCCGACGACACCGCUGGAGGCCAAAGCGAAGACGGGAUGGACGACGACCAGCCGCGGGGCCAGCGCCCCACGACCAGCAGCGUGGAAGCGUUCUACCGCGCCAUGCUUCCCCGCUUCCGUAGGGUGUUCAUCCACCUCCUCAACUUCCUGCUGGCGCUCGCCCCGUCCGACAAGCGCGGGGCGCCGCCGCCCUUCAACCUCUACGCCGAAAUCGGCGACGCGGGGUCCGUCGCCCAGGCGGCCGAGCGGGCGCGUCACGAGGAGAUCGUGGUCAAGGCCAUCUCCGGCCUGCUCCUCCUUCUGCUCAAGCACACCCGCGCCAACCACCCCAUCCAGGCCGCCUACCUACAAUCCUUGCUGGUGGAGGCCAAGAUGAUGCUGCUCAUACUCAAGCUGAUCAACCAGCCCGAGUCGCCGCUGCUCACCUCGCCCACCCUGCCCGCCAUGGAGUUGUUUGUCGCGGAGAGCGAGCAGCAGGCGCUGGUGGAGGAGGACUUCGGGGACGGCGGGUUGGACGGGAACGGCGCCGCGCUGCGCUAUUCGAAACGCAAGUUCUUCGCGCUGGUCAAUUUCCUGCGCGUCCUCCAAAAGCUGGCUAAGUAUAACCACCACCGCUGCCUCCUUCUUAUCAAGUUCUCGGCUCCGGCGAUAUUGAAGCGACUUCUGAGCUUUGAGAACCCGUGGAUCCGCCUCUACGGGCUCAAGCUGAUCAAGAACCUCACCAAGUUCCUCGGCCGCAAGUGGCGCACCAGCAACAUGAAGGUCAUAUCGGAGAUCUACAUGCACGUCCGGCCGCUCUACAUGGACGACUGGCUCACGACCGCCUUCGUCGAGAACGACAGCAGCAGCGAGUUCGAGGAGGAGGAACGGCGGAUGGAGCGGAAGGUGCGCGAGUGGAACGAAGUGCACUACCGACGACCGCUCAACGGCGGGGCGACGGCAGACGGCGGAGAGGGCGAGGGCGGGCUGAUGGACGAGCAGCAUUUGGCGGCCGAGUACGCCGCGGGCUGGCUCGAGGCCUACUUCCUGCAUCACGCCCUCGUCGUGUCCAACGACCUCGCCGAAGACACCACCCCGGUGGAUCCCGCCAUACCAACAUGA